AUGCGGCGAGAAGAGGAAGAGACUGGCCCUAAGAAGGCGUGGAAGAGCGGGACAACAGACGGCGCAGGCAACGCACAAGCCAUGGCAGAGAGCGAGGCAGCUCCGGGAAAGGCGCGUGUCGCCGCGCCUGUCUGUGGGUCCGAUGCUGCGAGCUGCCGAGACACCGGAGCCGCCGAAGAGCCUCAGGCGACAGAAGAUGGGUCCUCACCCAGCGGCGUGCCGAAGAGAGAUGCGCAGUCGGCGGCUCUGGAAGAAGCAAGGCGGGCCGAGAACGCCAACAGCGAAGAAGAAGCAGCGAUGGAAGAAUGCUUUGCGGAUAUGGUGGCAGAGGCAGAAAAGCUGAAAGCUGAGGGAAAUGAGUUCUUCAAAACCCGACUUUUCCAUCAAGCUGUCGAGAAAUACACCGCCGCAAUUGACCUGAUAUGCGACAAUACAAUGACUGCGCAAACCAAACAGAUUCUUCAAGUUCUCCUCUGCAACAGGGCAUUCUGCCAGAUCAACCUCGAAAACUAUGGGUCUGCGGUGGUUGAUGCGGAGCGCGUGAUUCAAUUGAAUCCGCUGUUUGCAAAGGCCUACUAUCGCCGCGGUUGCGCGUACUGCUGUCUGUCUCGCUACAAGAAGGCUCAGAAAGACUUUGAGCGGGUAAUUGCUCUGUCCACCACCCCGGACCCGAGUGUGGUCUCGCGGCUGCAAGAGUGCAAGAAGCAGAUUCGGUUGGAGGCGUUUGCGGCGGCGAUCGAGACGGAAAAGACUAUGCGGGCGUCUGAGGCAGUGCGGAAAGAAGGUGUGGAGACACUCUGGCCCGUGGAGAAGAGCUACGACGGCCCGGUUUACGCGCCUGAGGGUGGCAACUACUGUUCUGCCGACUUCGUUGGCAGUCUCAAGGAAUACUUGAAAGACACUUCGAAGCGGCUGCACAAGCAAUUCGCCUACCGUAUGGUCUUGGACAUGAUCUCUCUCCUGGGAAAGCUACAGACACUGGAGAGAAUCCGCAUUGGCGACGAGGAAGAAAUCACUGUAUGCGGAGAUGUUCAUGGACAGUACUACGACCUGUGCAACAUCUUCGAAAUCAACGGAAUGCCUUCCAAACAAAAUCCUUACCUCUUCAACGGCGAUUUCGUCGACAGAGGGUCCUUUUCCGUAGAGUGCAUUCUUCUGCUGUAUGCGGCGAAGCUGGCCUUCCCCGACGCGUUUCACCUGACUCGCGGAAACCACGAAACCUUCGAGAUGAAUCGUCUCUACGGUUUCCGAGGAGAAGUCAUCCACAAAUACGACGAGCGUCUCUACAACCUGUUCUGCGAGUCUUUCCGUCUGUUGCCACUGGCGUUCGUCCUCAACGACGCGGUCUUUGUCGUCCACGGCGGGCUCCUCAGUCGCGACGACGUCACUCUCGACGAAAUCAGCAAGAUCGACAGAGACAGAGAACCUCCCGAUGGAGGUUUGAUGACGGAUCUCCUCUGGUCCGACCCGUCGCCGCUGCCGGGGCGUUCACCUUCGAAACGCGGCGUCGCCUGUCAGUUCGGCCCGGACGUGACUGCUGCGUUCUUGAAAUUGAACAACUUGAAGAUGGUCAUUCGGUCGCACGAAAUGAAGGACGAAGGCUACGAAUUGUGUCACAACGGCCAGUUGGUCACCGUCUUCAGCGCACCGAACUACUGCGACCAAAUGAAAAACAAGGGUGCCUUCGUCAGGCUCGAUGGAAAGACACUGACGCCGAAAUACACGCAGUUCGAAGCCGUGCCGCAUCCCGCGACGCGCCCCAUGCAAUACGCGAAUCCGAUGCUAAGCUUCAUGUAG